AUGGUCGGCAGAGUUCUGCCUGAUCGGAAACAGUUGCCUCUGGUCCUACUGAGAUUGCUCUGCCUUCUUCCCACAGGACUGCCUGUUCGCAGCGUGGAUUUUAACCGAGGCACCGACAACAUCACCGUGAGGCAGGGGGACACGGCCAUCCUCAGGUGUGUUGUAGACGACAAGAACUCGAAGGUGGCUUGGUUGAACCGAUCUGGCAUCAUUUUCGCUGGACAUGACAAGUGGUCUCUGGACCCCCGGGUUGAACUGGAAAAGCGUCAUUCUCUGGAAUACAGUCUUCGAAUCCAGAAGGUGGAUGUCUAUGAUGAAGGUUCCUACACUUGCUCAGUUCAGACACAGCAUGAACCCAAGACCUCCCAAGUUUACUUGAUCGUGCAAGUCCCACCAAAGAUCUCCAACAUCUCCUCAGAUGUCACUGUGAAUGAGGGUAGCAAUGUGACCCUGGUCUGCAUGGCAAAUGGCCGUCCUGAACCUGUUAUCACCUGGAGACACCUUACACCAACUGGAAGAGAAUAUGAAGGAGAAGAAGAAUAUCUGGAGAUCCUUGGCAUCACCAGGGAGCAGUCAGGCAAAUAUGAGUGCAAAGCUGCCAAUGAGGUCUCCUCAGCAGAUGUCAAACAAGUCAAGGUCACUGUGAACUAUCCUCCCACCAUCACAGAAUCCAAGAGCAAUGAAGCCACCACAGGACGACAAGCUUCACUCAAAUGUGAGGCCUCCGCAGUGCCUGCUCCUGACUUUGAGUGGUAUCGGGAUGACACCAGGAUAAAUAGUGCCAAUGGCCUUGAGAUUAAGAGCACCGAGGGCCAGUCUUCCCUGACGGUGACCAAUGUCACUGAGGAGCACUAUGGCAACUAUACCUGCGUGGCUGCCAACAAGCUGGGGGUCACCAAUGCCAGCCUAGUCCUUUUCAAGCGUGUUUUACCCACAAUCCCCCACCCCAUUCAAGAAAUUGGCACCACCGUGCACUUCCAGCAAAAAGGACCUGGAUCGGUGAGAGGAAUCAACGGAUCCAUCAGUCUGGCCGUACCACUGUGGCUGCUGGCAGCAUCCCUGCUCUGCCUUCUCAGCAAAUGUUAAUAGAAUACAAAUUAAAACAUAAGAAUAAAAACACACAAAAAUGCGUCACACAGGAUACAAAGAGAGAGAGCGUGGAAGAUGGGGGUGGGGGGGAGAACAUUGGUUUCACAACUUUGUGUGUUUAUAAAUGAAGGGGGAAAUAAGAAAAUGAAGAAAAUACAAUCUUUUAGAAAACAAAAUUAAGUCCAUCAAUAUAAAAAAAAAUGAGGAUAAUUUGGGGUGGGAAAGUUCUACCAGGAUAUGUGUAUUUCUAAGCAAACGUACGCCGUGUAAAGACUACGUCAUGCUAAAGACAUUGGGAUAUUGUGAAAAUAAGCAAGUCAAGAAGUACCUGAUGGAUCCCAACCACCACCCCUAAUUCUUCCUUCCUUCAUCCUUUUUCAUCUAUGGGGGGAAAAUAAGGUCUUGCCUUUGGUGUUUAUAUUUCCAUAACCUCUUUAUUCCAUUUUUCCUUUGAACCAUUUCAGACUAUCAGUGGAAUCCACACUGGAGUUCUCUG